AUGGGCAGCCAGGGAAAAGCAUCAGCCUUUGGCUGGGCCAGAGCAGAGAAGGGCUCCCGGCUUAGUCAGCCACCCCAUUUCCAGUUCAAGGAGAUAAUGAAGAGGCGCAAACGCCAGCAGGAAAGGCUGGGCCCAGGAACGUACAACAUCAGGGACUUUCUGCAGGAGACGCGGCCCUCCAGUCUCCGGGGAAUCUGCGACACCAGGGAGCAGCGGUUCAGAGAUGCCCACAGGGACUGCUUCCCCGGCCCCGGCACGUACGGCCCCCGGGGCAACCCCUACACCUGCCUCGAGGAGAGGGACAAGCGUUCCGCCAGCACGCGUGGGCUGAUGGACAGCAGGACGGAGAAGUGUGCCCCACUGGCAGUGGUGGCAAGUCCUGCCCCUUGCCCUGGGGACACGCUGGUGGGGUGGUCCUCUCCCAGCGCUGAGCGCGGCCCCUGCCGCCUUUCCCCCCCGUACCUGCAGGGCAGCAGCCCCGGACCUGGCACCUACCGCCUGCGGAGCAGCAUCGACGAGGGGCUGCGGCGGCGGGCGGGCGGCCUCGGCCCCUGCCAGCCCUUCUCGGGAGACAGGUCGAAGCUCGGCCGUGGUGGUCAUCAUGCCUUGGAGAGGAGAGGCACCGAGCUGAGCGCUGGCGCUGUCAAGGGUUUUGUGGAUGAGCUGACGUUGAAGGAGAACAAGAAGAAAGGCUGCUUCAGCACCCUGCCGAGGAACCUGGGCUGCCCCACGGAGAGGAUCUUCUGGGCCACGCUCAGCCAGUGCCCGAGGGAGGCGCAUGCGGUGGGGCCGGGCUCCUACAACCCAAAGCCCAUUGAGAGAUCAGCGUACUCCAGCCAACCCCCAUUCUGGUCAUCUGCCAAGAGAUUCAACAGAAAGUCCUACCGCCUCUUUACUGGGACUGAGUUUUUCCUCCAGCAGCACGUUGCAGAGCCAGUGCAGAACCCUGUAGGUGUUGGUCGCUACGACAUCACCGAGCAUGAAAAAUACCCUCAGAAGAUGAGAUACCAGUCCCUGUACCGGUGUGACGCACAGCGGUACCUGAGCAACUUGAAGCAGGAUGCCUACUUGCUUGAGCGGCUCAAGCCUGUUGCUAAAAAAACCCGGAGUGAUAUGAUUUCUGCUUCACGCUGUCCAGAUACCUCUGAAGAAGUGUUUUCCAAACGUAAGAUGGUGCCGGAAAGCCCAGAUCAGUGA